UCAGUUUCUGUCAUUCUGUGCGGAUUGUUUGUUGUCAUCAAGAUGGAGUUCCUACUGGGCAAUCCGUACAGCACUCCAGUCGGCCAGUGUAUAGAGAGGGCCACGGAUGGCGGCCUGCAGAACGAGGACUGGACCCUCAACAUGGAGAUCUGUGACAUCAUCAACGAAACUGAGGACGGGCCUAAAGACUCAAUGAGAGCACUGAAGAAGAGGCUGGGUGGGAAUAAGAACUACAGAGAGGUGAUGCUGGCACUGACGGUGUUGGAGACCUGUGUGAAGAACUGUGGCCACAGAUUCCACGUGCUUGUCGCCAACCGGGACUUCAUAGAUGGCGUGCUGGUCAAAAUCAUCUCACCUAAAACCAACCCUCCUACCAUCGUACAGGACAAAGUACUGGCACUGAUCCAGGCCUGGGCUGAUGCCUUCAGGAGUAGCCCGGACCUGACGGGCGUGGUCCAUAUUUAUGAGGAGCUGAAAAGGAAAGGUAUUGAGUUCCCAAUGGCAGACCUGGAUGCGUUGUCACCCAUCCACACUCCACAGAGGGGUGUGCCUGAAGUGGACCCAGCUGUGCUCAAGUACCGAGCCCCCACCCAGCCCCACGCCGCCGCAGCCCCGCCCCAACCGGUCGUCACUCAGUUGCCGGGCCCCACCUCUGCCACGCAGAUCCCCCACAUCCCUGAGGUACAGGGCCCAAUCACCGCCAACCCCGAACAGAUCGCCAGGCUGCGGAGUGAGCUGGAUAUCGUGAGAGGAAACACCAAAGUCAUGUCAGAGAUGCUGACAGAGAUGGUGCCAGGACAGGAGGACACCUCUGACCUGGAACUGCUUCAGGAGCUGAACCGGACUUGCAGGUCCAUGCAGCAGAGGGUGGUGGAGCUGAUCUCCCGUGUGUCAAACGAGGAGGUGACCGAGGAGCUGUUACACGUCAACGAUGACCUCAACAACAUCUUCCUACGAUACGAAAGGUACGAGAGGUACCGGUCGGGUAGAGCUGCCCAGAACAAUGGGAUGCUGAGCGAGGCCACUGAGGACAACCUCAUAGACCUGGGUCCAGGCUCCCCUGCCGUGGUCAGCCCCCGGGUCAGCACCAGCCCCAACCCCGCGCCCAGCGUCCCUCCAGCGGGAGCCAGCGCCUCCCCCGCCCGUACCCCCGCAUCCCUUUCCACACAGCUGGCCGGCCUGGAUGUGGGAGCAGACGGCGUCAGUGGGACUCUGUCCUCUCUGUCCAGCCAACCCAACCAGGAUGACUUUGACAUGUUUGCCCACACCAGGACCAGCUCUUUGGCCGACCAGCGCAAAAAUGUGAAGUACGAGGACCCCCAGGCACUGGGAGGCCUGGCCUCCGCGCUGGAUGUGAGACAACAGAAUGCUGGAGGGCUGAGGGUAAAGGGGGAUGAUAACGCUGAGUUGGAGCCCAUAGACAGCUGGCUCAUUACCCAAGGAAUGAUCCCUGUAUCGCAGUCCUCUGUCAUGGAUGACAUUGAGGAGUGGCUCUGUACUGAUGUGAAAGGUGAUGGGGCAGAGGAAGGGGUGACCAGUGAAGAGUUUGACAAGUUCCUGGAAGAGCGAGCCAAAGUGGCAGAUUCCCUACCAUCGCCUCCUGGUGGAGACCCUGGCCCGCCUGUCAGCAGUGCCCCAGGCAACACAAGAAGGCAGAGCAAGAAAGCGGAGCGGACGGAGGAUGCCCUCUUUGCCUUGUAGACUGUCCCCAGCAGACCUCUGUGUCUGGGGCACACACUGCCCCUGUGCUCCCCUCCUGUAGCCCCCCUAUCUGUCCUCCACAACAGAAGAGCGUAGCUUACGAACUCCCCUCGCCCUCGUGUCCCCCCUCGCUUCCUGCCAUUGUUGUUCUUUCAUGCUAGGGUUUGACAUGCUUGCUGCCCGUGCCGCGUCAUGGAUCACCCUUGUCGUCUUGAUCGAUCCUUGUGGGAGGUGUUUGUAGUCAUCCGUGUCAACUGUAGACCCUGCUCGUAGGAGGACAACGUAGCACUGAUGCGCUUGACAACCAUUCUGGCUCUCUCAUACACAGAUGAAAGGGGACUCCCCCCCCCCCCCCCCCCACUCCCCCAGAGAAAAGAAAACAAAGACAAAUAGGAAUAUACUGGGUAACACUUAAGAUCCAGGUGCUUGUAAUAAGCGUUAGUCAAUAAGUAAUAAAGCCCUUAUAAGACACUUAUUAAUAUGAAUAUGUGUUAAUAAGACUAAGUGUUAUAUUAGUUAGUUAGGGUUUGUGUAAGAUGAGGUGCUUGUUUAAAGGUAAUAAGGCCUUUCAGUUAAUAAGAUACAUGAAUGUAAUAUUACAAUCACCUUGAUCUAAAGUGUUACCAUAUGCUGUUAUUUUAAUACGUUAAGCUAAUGAAUUAUAUAUGCUUCUAUUAAUUUAAUGGUUUGUGCUGUGUACUAGCGCUGUGGUGUAUAGUCCAUGGUCAAAUCCUAUUAUGUUUUUGAUUCUGUGUAGUAUACUUUCAAUGCUUCUUGGUGGAUCCUGCGUCUGUGACAUGCGUCUGAAAUGGGAACAUGAAAUGGCUAGUGCUGCUUCACUACAGUAUAACGGUUUCUUCAUAGUUAACAAGGUUAACCUGUAUAUGACUGCUCUACUGUUUGUCAAAGGGAAAACACAAGUGUCUAAAAUGUAUUUGCUAUGUACUCUUCUUUGAGACAACAUGUGAAGGGAAAGUACCCAGAACUUCAUCCCUUCCCUUCCUCCCCACCCAAUUACAACUUUUAAUAUCUACACCCAGACAGUUGAUGAAACCAGACUUUGUAGUAUGUUGCUUCUUUUUUACACUGUGUGCAGUGUUUCUAGUUAAACUCCAUGCACUCCAAAGAGUAGGCUUUAAUGACCAAAUCAAUAGUUUUUUUCCCUGUAGUAUAGGAAUAAUCCAGCAAUGUAAUUAUUUACCUUUUUCUUCCCGUUUUCAGGUUGAGGAAAUUUGGUUUUAUGUGAACCGUUGAUUCAAUUAUGUGUAUUCCUUGUGUUUAGAUGAUGAGAAAUGGUUUUAUGAUGGGAUGCACAUAUUUUUCCAUCGCUUCAGCCCAUUUUGCUAUAAAGCACACUUUAAAAAGAAUCUUAAGUACAGAGAUUUAAGUAUUUUCAGUAAUUGUUUCAUGACAUUUAAUCAUGACUUGAAAGACAUUAAGCAAAAUAUAGCACUACGAAUUCAAAUUUGAAAAGUACAUAGUAUAUUGUUGGUAUACUACUUGACAAAGAUAAGAAUAAUGCAAAUACUUUAUAGUGAUUGUAAAAUAUGUAUGCAUAUAUAUAAAUGUUUAUAUACAUCCGAGUUAUGUAGUAUUAUUCUGUAUCAUCAGGUCAUACUGUAUGUAGUCUGGCAACCCAGAAGGCCAAGUCUGUUUCCUGGCACUUCCUGUACAGUGUGAUGUCAUGCAAAAUGAUAUAAUAUAAUACAACUCCUGUUUAUUCCCAGUAACUCCUUCCCCAGUAAUCCAUAACCAGGCAUGGAUGUUCAGUAAGUUGGUUGACCAAAACAAUAACCUGUAUUUUCAAUCUUAUGUUUACAGUCAUCUAAAUUUCCUGGUUUAAAAGGGUACAUGGUGAAUCCUCAUCUUUCUUUCUUUCCAUUCAUUUAUUUACAUUCUUUUUGAAUUGACAUACUUCUGGGAGUUUCAGAGACCAGUUCCCUUAAGUGACUGAAAGCCACUAUGGAAAGUCAACCAUGGGUGUAGCACUUAAAGGUUAAGUGAGCUGUGGACAAAAUGAUUUUUUUUUGUCUUCAUGCCAACACAAGUCAUUGUGUACAAAGGUUCAGUAACACAAUUUGUUCUGGUCUUUGUGAUGGAUUCUCCAUGUAAAUCUCAUAAGUGUUAUGUAUGAAACACCUUAUGAAUUCACAUCUCAUAAUUCAUGUAUUAUGAGAUGCUAUGGACAGUAAAUAUGGAAUUUAUAGCUUAAAGCUAAGAUUGUGAUAAUCAAUUUUUACAAAUUGUUUUUUUAGUUUAAAUUACAAAAAUAAUUUAAAUGUAUUUUAGACUACAGUAUCAGAAUAAAUUAUUAAUGAGCUGUAAUUUAUUCUUUUGAUGUUGCUUUAGUUUAAAGCUUACUGUAUAAACUGCCUCUUGAGAAGCUACAUUUACAAACCUGUUUUCUAGAUUGUCAUGCAGAGAAAAAUAAAAUGAAAGUGGUCAAAUAUUACUUUUGUACUUAAAAUAGCGAGACCUAAGCAUAUGGUGUUUGGAAGUUUAUUUCUGUAUGACUGUCUGUACAAUUUGUGUAUUAAUUAUUCCUGCUUUAAAAACAGCUAAAACGUGUUAACUGGUUUUAUGACUGAUGAUGCUAAGCCCUGACUGCAACAUGUAUUCCUCUAAACUACUCUAAAGAUGGUGGUCUGAAAAUAUCUUGGAGCUUUGUGGGACUGGACAUUCAACUGGCUCCCACUGUAUUAUUGACUUGUGGGCCAGUGUCCCAUUGUCAUCUGUUUGGUUCAGAUGUGGGGCUCCCAUGCCUCUAGCUGGCUGUGCUUAGUUUCCAUUAUAACGUAUGGUUAUUGCACGUAUUUAACUGCCCAAUAAAACACUAGCAAAGUGUGA